AGAGAGUACUCAAGAAGAAAUUGUCAUCAAGACAUGCAAGUCUCAUAAUUUGUUGCUGGGUGGAGAUGAACUAACAGUUGCCAGAAGCAGGUCUGCCAUUAGUCAUGUUGAUAAUGGUGAUAGUCCAUCAGCUAAACUGACAGGGCUCAUACCAGUUAUUGAGGACUGGCAUUCAAAGAUGACAUUGCUAAAUGCUAUUUGGAAGCAUUUUUAUUCUCUUAAGUCAGGAGGUGAGCAUGGGACCCUUUAUCAACUAAGAAAUUUACUUGGUAGAACCAAUGUAAAAAAAGACCCAUCGAAAUCAUUUGAUGAAUGUGAGGAUUUUUUACUAACAGCUAUCGAAGGUUUCAUUGUUACUGCAGCAAUGCAUAUACUCAGGAUGAAGUCAUUGGAUGAUGUUCCAGAUAGUGAAGUAGUACCUGAAGAUUCAUGGCUCAAUCCUGAAUUAGAAAGAAAAAGAAUUCUGUCUGAAGUAACGAGAGAUAUUUGA